AUGGUCUUCGUGAGAAGCGCUUCCUCGUCGUCAUCGUCCCUCCUCUCGUUCCUUCUGAAGAGCACGACGACGACGACGAGUAGAAUAAAACGAGGAAGCGAAACAACGAGAAAAACGAUACAAAAAUAUUACUCGUCGUCGACGACUUUCGACCGCUCGGGCGAAACUAUCUCUCGAGACAUGCGCAGAAAAGAUUUAGCGGAAGAGACGAGGUAUUUCGCGCACGAGGAUUACGAGUUGUUGCGUAAACUCGCAAGAAAAGCGAAACGCUCGGCGGACGAGGUCAAUCCUGAACACGGGCAAAAGUUGAGAGAAACCGAGAGAAGAGAGCUCGCCAAACUUGUUCCUUCGCUUCGCGAUGGCGACUUGACGAAAAUUCUCAAUUGGUUGCAUAAAGAUGGAACAGGAACGCGAGCGUAA